AUGACUGACCCCAUUUUGGCCUAUGUCUGGCCUGCCAUAGUCUCUCUGCACAUGGGGCGGGGCGAGGGGGCGGCCCAACUCGUGGAUUGCACGAAUAUGAAUGAUAGGACUAAGAAUGUGAUAGUGGAUGAGGCUGGGAUCCCUCCACUUUUGAAGAUGUUGGCCUAUGGCACGGCUCUGUAUAAUCUGGCGGAUGAUCGGUACAGAGUGGGCAAGAUCAGGGACGCUGGUGGCGUUAGGGCGGUUGUGAAGGCGAUGGCGAAGGGCCCGCCUGAGGAGUUUGGGGCAGAGGAUUUGGCAAUGCGUUUGGUGGCCCUGUUGAGUGUUGAUGUGGAUUUAGAUAAGUUUCUUGAUUUGAGUUACCUCAAGAGUAGUAGUGUUGGUGAAGAGUGUCUUAGGAGUGAUAAGGAGAGGGAGAGGGAGAAGGAGGUGGUGGUGGCGCCUGAGGUGAAGUGUAGGCUAAAGAUAAACGACGCGAUCGCUCUGUGGAAGCUGGCGCGAAGGAGCUUGGUGAACAGUCGAAACAUCACCGACACGAGGACGUUGCUAGUUCUAGCGAAGAUCAUCAAGAAGGAGCAAGGGAAGCUCAAGAAGAAUUUCUUGAAAGUGGUUGCGGAGUUGGCUGAGGUGGCAGAGUCCAACUCCGACCUCAAACGCACCGCGUUCAAGCUAACCUCAACGCCCGCAAAGGGCGUCUUGGAUCAGCUGUUGAAGGUGAUGAGUGAGGAGAGGAAUGCCAACAUGAUGACUCUGGUGGUCAAGGCGGUCGGGUGCCUAGCAUCCAUGUUUCCAGCGAAGGAGAAGCGUGUCGUGCACUGCUUGGUGGCUCAGCUUGGCCACUUAGACCGCGGGGUUGCUAAUGAGGCAGCUAGGUCUCUCAGCAAGUUCGUUUGCAGUAGGAACUACAACCGGAAGGAGCAUGCUGAGGCGAUCAUCGAGUAUGAUGGGGUGCCGAUGCUGGUGAAUCUGUUGAGGAAUGAUCAAGGUCAAGUCCAUUUGCAGUUGGACGCGCUCGUGCUUUUGUCCAACCUCGCUGUAAAUGCUUGUAACACGAGGGUUCUCGAGGAGGCCUGUUCUAAGGGCGCUACAGGGCGCGACCAAGAAUGUCGUCUCCCUACGGCCUGA